CUAGGCGGUGGGAGGGGUUGCCCGAUAGCCGGGGGCACCAAAGUGCCGCAGACGCAAGCGCGCUAAGCUAAGUCCUUCCAGCUCACCUUGGGUUCUGCCGGCCUCUCCCCCUCCCUUCCCUCCUACCCAAUGGCGUCUCCCAGAGCCCCUCUGCCCGAAGCAGAUCAGGCUGCUCAAGAGCCAGUAGAAGAUACUGAUCCUAGCACUUUGUCCUCAGAAGAAGCAGAAAAGUAUCCUGUUCAAGAUACAGCAUUACCAAAAGAUGGGGAGUACCAAACAGAAAAAGUGACAGUGGAAAUAGCAUCUGUUAAUAUUAGGAGCCUAACGUCAGAUUCGGGACUGAUACAACAGCCAGAAGAAGAUGAUGACAGCCAAAGCAGUACUGGUGAAUCACCUACAGCCCUGAAGAAAACCUGUGCAGAAAAUGGCACCUGCUCUUUAUGUAUGUCUCACCAACCGACCAUCAGUGACUUGCUCAAUGAUGAGGACUUGCUAUAUAUGAUGAGGAUAAAGUUGGAUCCAUCUCACCCUACAGUGAAAAACUGGAGAAACUUUGCAAGCAAAUGGGGGAUGACUUAUGAUGAAUUGUGUUUUCUGGAACAGAAGCAACAGAGUCCCACCCUGGAGUUUUUGCUACGGAAUAGUGACAGAACUGUGGAGCAGCUGAUUGAUCUCUGUAAACUCUAUCAAAGAGUUGAUAUUGAGAAGCUCCUGCUGAAAUGGGUGGAGAAAGAAUGGCCAAAGAGAGGGCAUGGAACCUAUCAGAAUAAUUUCUAAACAAGAGAAAAUGUCAGUAGUGGAAAACCAAGAGUGGCAGAUUUUUGUUUACUCUGCCACUGGUGUAUAUGGCGCUUUUCUUUGCAAAUGAAAGGGACCAGGAAUUCGUUUUUUUACGGUAUAAAUAUCUUUGUAGUCAGAAAUGUUAUCCUUAAAAAUGAGUCAGUUCAACUUGUUGGUAUGUGUCACACACUCAUUUUUCUAGCAAGCAAGAAGGAAAGCCACAGAAUAUUAUUUUGUCUGACUGAAGUUAUUCUGUUUAAUACACUUUCAGCUUUCUUAUUCCUUUAUUAUUUCCACUGAGAGGAAUAAAAAUGGAAGGUGGUGUUGGGAGUUCAAACACCUCUGUAGAUGUCCUUGUCUGUAGAGUCCUUGUCAUUAGGGCCUGGUCCACUCCUUCCACGUUGCCUCUGCUCAGUAUAGGUUGAAGAAGGCAGCUGGGAUUUCCCCAUAUGAUUGCACUGAAACUGCUCAUUCCUUUUGGGAGAUAUUUUUGUAUCCUCAGAUUUAUGUGAACAGUGCAGGUGUAAGGCAUGUACUUCCAAAUAACCCUGUAUAAGAAUACUCAGAGGAGGCAGAAUGGUUUGCCUCUUUGGAGAUUCUUUGGUAGCUUCCAGAGUCACCCAGUUCCCAUCGCCCCCAUUUUGCUGUUCCAUGAUGCAGUCUGAGCCCCCAGGGGAUGGGCUUAGCAAAUGAGCAGUAAUAACAGUGGUGAGAAAAGGCUAUGUAAGGAGGAAGGCCUUCUGAGGGCAUGUUGCUGGAAGACUCCCAAAACUUGGAAUCGAUAUUAAAAGUACUAUGCACCCUUUGCCUUGGCUCAUAUCAGCAGAAUUUGAGUUUCAAAACUGCAGUUGAAGGCCCCAGUGACAGCCAUUUCUCAGCCUUGCUCUGUUGUUGCCUUAAAAAACUACGAACAACAAAUAUGUUCCAUUAACUACUGUUUGCCUCCCCCCCCCGGUGUAUUAGGUGUCAUUCAAAUCUUUCAGGUUCUGACUUGCUUUACAGAAAUAAACCCCUAUCUCUUUCUGUUUGGAACAGUCUGUGUUUGGAACCAUAUGAUAAAUUAACCAAGGGGAAAUAAUUCUGAACCACCUCAUCAGCAACUAAAUUUCUGUUGCAUGAAGCACCCACCACCUUCAAGGUAUGCAAUCUUAUGUUCUGAGCAAAAGGCCAAGUACUUGGCUCACAAAGAAUUUAUCAAGGCCCAGUUCUUUAUUAUUUCAGAGCAUUCAAGUAUGCCAGUAUGUCUAUAGUUUCAUAUCUUUUCACUGCUUUGUAUUAGAGUAGUUAGAUCACAAAUGCAGGUAAUAUAUUAAAACAUGUUAGGAGUGAUUAUGUUAAUUGGAACUGCUCAUUCCCUAUGGCAAUUAGAAGAUAUGUUGUAACAUGUUCUCAGAGACAGUUUGAGAACUGGAGUUUGAGCAGGCUGUUACAAAGCCCUUUACAAUGUUAUUAGAACAAUUAUAAGAGAACUAUUAGUAAACCUCAGCGAUACUACACAACUGUUUUCUCAGAAAUUAAUUUUCAGAUUAAUUAGAGUCACUUGGCACAGUGAGUAUAUGUUGGUGAGUGCCAUGAUAACAAUAGUGGGCCAGUGCCAAUUCGGAGUUUAAAAUCAUAGACUGAUUAUAUUACAGAUCAGUACAAAUUUGAAUGGAAGCACAGGAAGAUGGAGAAUAACAAGGGGACCAUUCUUGUUAAAGGAGAGGUCAUGAAAAGUGAACGGGUUCAUAACCUGUAUUUUGAAGAACGAAAGAAUGAGAACAUUUUUUUUCAAACACCUUGAGGCUAAAUGUAAGAACACUUAGAAGUUAACACUUAAGAACAUUAAAUUCACAGGGCCUCGUUUUGAAACAAGAGUGCUUAUAUAUGAAACAAAAAAAUCCCCAUUUUGCUAAGGGUAGUUCUUGAAAAAGUCCACUGAAAAACAGAGGAAAGGUGACCCUUAAGAAAAAAUGAUUGGGGGAGUGAGCUUCUGGGUUGUUCGACUAGCUCAAUGGUUCUUAACUUUAGGUUACUCAGGUGUUUUGGACUGCAACUCCCAGAAGCCUUCACCACCAGCUGUGCUGGCUGG